GCGGCCAGGUGGGCAAGCAUGUUUGGAGGCCUAGGGCCUGGGGGCCCGGGAGCCCAGGGCAUGGCAGGACCCCUGCGGGGCAGGGUGGAGGAACUGAAGAGGCCCUGGUGGCGUGAGAGCUCGCCGCUGGUGCUGCAGCACAGCGAGGCAGCCCGGCUGGCGGCUGAUGCCCUCCUGGAGCGGGGCGAGGCUGCCUACCUGCGGGUGAUCUCAGAGGAGCGGGAACUGCCCUUCCUGAGCGCCCUGGAUGUGGAAUACAUAACCAGCCAUGUACGUGGGGGCCCUGAGCUUGGCGAAGCCCAGGGACUGGAGGUAACAGGGCCUGACCACCUCAGCCUGCUCUCUGAAGUCACCUCAGGCACUUACUUUCCGAUGGCCUCUGACAUAGACCCCCCAGACCUGGACUUGGGCUGGCCUGAGAUUCCACAGGCCACAGGCUUCAGCCCCACCCAGGCUGUGGUCCACUUUCAGCGGGACAAGACCAAGAACAUCAAAGACCUUCUGCGGUUCCUCUUUAGCCAGGCCCGCAAGGUGGUGGCUGUGGUGAUGGAUGUAUUCACCGACAUGGAGCUCCUGUGUGACCUCAUGGAGGCCUCAAGCCGGCGUGGUGUUCCCGUCUACAUGCUCCUGGCUCAGGAGCACGUGAGGCACUUUCUGGAGAUGUGCUACAAGAUGGACCUCAAUGGGGGGCACCUGCCGAACAUGCGUGUGCGGAGCACAUAUGGGGAUACAUACUGCAGCAAGGCAGGCCGCCGCUUCACGGGCCAGGCUCUGGAGAAGUUUGUCAUCAUCGACUGUGAACAGGUGGUGGCGGGCAGCUACAGCUUCACCUGGCUCUGCAGCCAGGCCCACACUAGCAUGGUGCUGCAGCUGAGGGGCCGCAUCGUGGAAGACUUUGACCGCGAGUUUCGCUGUCUGUAUGCCGAGUCACGGCCUGUGGAGGGCUUCUGCGGCGGUGAGGAUCCCAGGGCACCGUGCCCUCCUCCGGUGGCCCUGGCCUUCGUGCCCAGCAUCCCGAGCCCCAUGCCCUCAUCGCCCUCUAGCACCAGCCUCAGCAGCAUCAAGCGCUCCCCUCUCAUGGGCCGCUCCUCCUACCUCGCUCUACCAGGAGGCGGUGGCUGCAGUGACACGGGUAUGGGGUCCUCAUCUCCAGGCUCUGCUUGUCGCAAGGCCAGUGGCCAGCCUUCCCUGCAACGCCAGCUGUCAGAUCCUAACCAUGGCUCCCCUCCGGGGCCCUACAGGGCCAACCUGGGCAAGCUGGGGGCUUCCCCAUGGUCCCAGUCUUCCCCUGCCCUCAACCACAAUGGCAGCAGCCCCUUGACUCCAGCAGUAGGGUCACCUCUGCCUACUCGCCAGCGCUCCUUCCUCCCCUUCUCCCGGGGGGUCUUAGCCCUGUCCCGGCUCCCAGAGAAUGGGCUCCCAGAAAGCCAGGAGCCUAGUCCCCCACGAGGUCGCUGGGUACCUGGCACAGGCCUGGAGACAGUGGAGGAGAAGAAGGUGUCUCUGAGUCAGAGCCAUGGCCAGCUGGAUCUCCUCAUCCCCUUCCCCAGAGCCCGUGAAGCAGGAGGCCCUGAUCCUGGUGUUACCUCCAACUCAGACCCCCUUUGGCCUGGGGAGCGGGCCCGAGAGGACAGGAGGUUAUCUUCAAACCAGAAACACAACCAGCUGGAUAUCCUGCCCCGGGCCCAAGGUGCUGGGUGUGUCCCUGAGUCAGGUCCCCCCAGACCUGGCGAUGGGACCCCCGAGGAUAAGAGGCUGUCUCCAAACCACAGCCACAGCCAACUGGACCUCCUGGUGCCCUACCCCAAGGCCAGGGGCUCCAGAGUGCCCCUGGAAGUCAACUCCUCAGCCAGGGCUGGCAAGCAGGGUCCAGAUGAACGACGGCAGACCUUGGGCCACAGCCAGCUCGACCUCAUCACAAAGUUUGGUCCAUUCCGGGGUGAGGGGCCUGGGCCCAAUAGUCUCCCAGGACCAAGCCAUGCUCGUAAGCCUGGAGUGGGCUCUGGGGAUGAGAAGCGGCUGACUCUGGGCCACAGCAAGCUGGACCUCAUCACCAAGUAUCAUCAGUUGCAGGGUGCCAGGCAGGGACCUGAGCAUGACCUCCCCGGAGACCCCACAGGAGGCCAUCGCAGUAGCAGUAGCAAUGGCCCAUUUGAGGAUGAGAAACGGCUGACCCUGGGACACAGCAAACUAGACCUCAUCACUAAGUACAACAAGUCCAAGUUCAAGGUGCUCCGAAGCCGCUUUGAGUCCUAG